UUUAAACCCGUCUGUGCUCUCUUUCUGCUCGAUCGUCUAUCUUUCUAGUAUGACCUCGUCCUGUGGAUCAAAAUAACACAUGAGUGACAGGCUAAACUUAAAUAAUUCAGCGUGUCUUUGGUUCGAAGUGUCCGUCUAGGGUGCUCAAUAUUACAGAACAGCAGCGUGUGUUUUAAUGCGCUCUGUACGACAGCAGUGAGGAUGUCUUCCGCAGAGGACGGUAGCGGGAAAGCAAGCGCGCGUCAGCCGGGCAGCGGUCGAGGGGAGUCGGGCUACAGGAGUCCCGGGCUCCGGGGAGUCAGGACCACAUCACUGUUCCGCGCUGUCAACCCGGAGCUCUUCAUCAAACCUAAUAAGCCAGUGAUGGUUUUUGGACUAGUGACGAUCAGUCUGUGUGUGGGGUACCUGGGCUAUCUGCACGCCAUCAGAGAGAACGACCAGCAGCUGUACGAGGCUGUAGACAGCGAGGGAGAGAGAUACAUGCGGAGGAAAACCUCCAGAUGGGACUGAAUGAUGGAGCCAAAAAUCUCAACCUGUGCUGCGUUUCCCAAAAGCAUCGCAAGCUUAAGUUGAUUGUAGAGACCAUUGGCGCCAAUGGGUUCUACGAUCUGCUUAGCUUACGAUGCUUUUGGGAAACGCUGCCUGUACUCUGAAUUAAAAGGACAGUUCACCCAAAAAUGAAAAUUCUCUCAUCAUUUACUUACCCUCAUGCCAUCCCAAAUGUGUAUGACAUUCUUUCUUCAGCAGAACACAAAUUAUGAUUUUUAGAAGAAUCCCAGCAAACACACAAUGUUCCCCUAACCUUAGCUUAUAGUUCCCGUUUGGUUCCAAUUCCUAACGUUCUAAGAACGUUCUCUUUAGGUUCUUUAUUUUAUAGCCAUAAACUAAUGUUUCGAGAACGUUGCAGGGUUGUUUUAGUGGGAUAACCUAAAAAUAACUUAUGCAGAACAUUCUCUAGUGCUUAUUUUUUAGGUUUUUUAUUGAUUAUAUACUAUACUAUAUAUUUUAGGUUAUAUUCUGCAUCUAAUCCAUGCACGCGCUUAGGUCCACACGUACUUUAUUCGGCCGUCUUCCACAUAGCUUUUUUGCACCCUUGAAGGGCACUGCGAGAAAAGGAUACAACUUGAAAGGUCAUCCCCAAUCAAAGUAAGAAAAUAUUUUUUUCCACAAGACUGCUAUCGAAGAGGACAUUCAUACAGUAAUGCCAUGCUCCCAUCAGAGUGUCCAGAUCAAGAGCUGAGUGAAUCGGGCAUAGGGAUGAUCACUUUCGAUUUGAAAUCGCCCUCGCUCUAUAUACACCUGGGCGCUGCUGAAUUAAAAAAUGAACGGUCAUUUCUGUGGAGGAACUCACUGACUGACAUACUGACAUUCAUUUGUAGAUUUCCUCAAUAAAUAAUUGCUGCUAGAUGUGACAUUAAAUAAAUAUGGUAUUGAUUUGAAAA